UUCUUCAACCAGUCUAUUUUUCUCGAGCUUUCGUGCCCGAGGAGCUCUUUUUUUCUUUCACAAUGGCAUCUUGCUUACAAGUAUCCAUGAACUCUCUCCUUCCACGCUCUUCUUCUUUUACUUCCACUCCUCGUUCUCCGAAUUCACCCGGGAGAAGAAACUCGAAGAGCUUUCGCUACGACGCCUUUCGCGCCAAAGCCGCUGCCAAAAUCCCUAUGCCUCCGAUAAACCCCAACGAUUCUUUUCUCUCGACGCUCGCUUCCGUCGCCGCUAAAUCUCCUGAGAAGCUUCUCAACCGGCCUGUAAACUCCGAUACGCCGCCGUAUCUCGACAUCUUCGAUUCGCCUCAGCUCAUGUCUUCUCCUGCUCAGGUUGAGAGAUCAGUGGCUUAUAACGAGCACCGGCCAAGAACUCCUCCACCAGACUUGCCAUCUAUGCUUCUUGACGGGAGAAUUGUUUACAUUGGAAUGCCUCUGGUGCCGGCGGUUACAGAGCUUAUUGUCGCUGAGCUAAUGUAUCUUCAGUGGCUCGAUCCGAAGGAACCUAUAUAUAUUUACAUCAACUCCACAGGGACCACUCGCGACGAUGGAGAGACGGUUGGAAUGGAAUCAGAAGGUUUUGCGAUCUAUGAUUCUUUGAUGCAACUUAAAAACGAGGUACAUACAGUUUGUGUGGGAGCAGCGAUAGGUCACGCAUGUCUGUUGCUUUCCGCGGGAACAAAGGGUAAACGAUUUAUGAUGCCACAUUCCAAAGCAAUGAUCCAGCAACCUCGUGUGCCUUCUUCUGGUUUGAUGCCUGCUAGUGAUGUCCUGAUUCGUGCCAAAGAGGUUAUAACAAACAGAGAUAUACUUGUGGAACUACUAUCAAAGCACACUGGCAAUUCCGUGGAGACUGUGGCUAACGUGAUGAGAAGGCCAUAUUACAUGGAUGCAACAAAAGCUAAAGAAUUUGGAGUCAUUGACAAGAUUCUUUGGCGUGGUCAAGAGAAGAUUAUCGCGGACGUUGUUCCUUCAGACGAAUUCGACAAGAACGCGGGAAUUAGAAGCGCUGAACGAGUUUAGUUUUAAGUCCUCUGGCCUCAAAUCUCUGUUUUAAUGGAGAACAAUGAAUAGAAUUACAGACUUAUCAAACUCCUUUAGCUGUGACUGCCUUUUUUCGAACCACAUGGUAAAUGUCCAUCAUGCAAUUAGGAGAUUCAUAUUAAGAUGUGAUAGAGUUGUAAUGUUUUUCAAAAGCCAAAGUAAAUACAAUGUUCAACUCUCUUUUCUUUUUCUUCUCCAUUUCCAUUAAUGAAAAACUGCUCCUUUUCUGUCA